UCACUCAUCACCACACACCACACUACCCUUUAGCAAUUGCAUAAUAAGUUCAAUGUUGCCUUCACUUCUUCAGAAGAAUGAUGCAAAUAUAGUUCUUUCUUUUUAAUCUACUGGGGUGUGCAUAAGCUAAGGUUUCAUUCAUAAUAAUUUCAAGGUUCAUUUUUUUUUCUUUUUCUUUAUUUUCUUCUUGGAGAUGGGAGUGGUAACUGUUGGUGAAUUGAAGCCUAGCAUUUCAGGAAAAAGAACCUUCCGUCCAAGUUCAAGCAUAAGGCAUGCCACUGAAUGGCCAAUUUCUGAUGUAUCUAGUGAUUUUACAAUUGAAGUUGGAUCUUCUAGCUUUGCACUUCACAAGUUUCCUCUGGUUUCUAAGAGUGGAAGAAUAAGGAAACUGCUGUUAGAGGCUAAAGACUCGAAGGUUUCGCGCAUAAGUCUGGCGAACGUGCCGGGCGGCCUAGAAUCAUUCGAGCUAGCUGCGAAAUUCUGCUAUGGAAUCAAUCUUGAAUUAACACUCUCCAAUGUUGCUAUUCUAAAAUGUGUAUCACACUUUCUUGAAAUGACAGAGGAGUAUGCAGAGAAGAACUUGGAAACAAGAGUUGAAUCAUAUCUAAAAGAUACCGUUCUACCUAACACAUCAAGCACGAUAACCGUGCUUCAUCGCUGCGAAAAUCUUCUUCCAUACUCAGAAGAGAUCAACCUUGUUAGCAGGCUAAUCAACGCAAUUGCGAACAAUGCAUGUAAAGAACAGCUUACCUCUGGAUUGUUGAAAUUGGAUCAUAACUUCCCUUCCAAGACUAUUUCUAGCAUGGAACCGGAGACGCCGUCGGAUUGGUGGGGAAAGUCUCUCAAUAUUCUUAGCCUUGAAUUCUUCCAGAGAGUUCUGACGGCCGUGAAGUCGAAGGGACUAAAACAAGAAAUGAUCAGCAAGAUCUUGAUAAAUUACGCGCACAAUUCGCUUCAGGGGAUUGUUAGUAUUAGCAAGGAUCCUCAAUUUUUCAAGGGAAGUUCAUCUGACUUGGAGUUGCAAAAGAGACACAGGAUAAUUGUGGAAGCCAUUGUUAGCUUGCUGCCUACGCAAUCAAGGAAAAGUCCCGUUCCAAUGGCGUUUCUAUCCAGCUUGUUGAAGGCUGCAAUUGCUGUGUUCGCUUCUUCGUCGUGCAGAUCCGAUCUGGAGAGAAGGAUUGGCCUACAGCUUGACCAGGCAAUCCUUGAAGACAUACUAAUUCCGACAAAUUCGCAGCAAAAUUUGCAGAACACAGCAAUAAUGUAUGAUAUAGAUUCAAUUGUGAGGAUAUUUUCCAUUUUCUUGAACUUGGAUGAGGAGGAGGAGGAUGAUAAUCGAAUGCGAGACGAAAGCGAAAUGGUUUAUGACUAUGACAGUCCUGGAUCUCCAAAACAAAGCUCAAUUAUUAAGGUUUCAAAAUUGUUGGACAAUUUUCUAACCGAAGUAGCACUCGAUCCGAACUUGUCACCAUCCAAGUUUAUAUCGCUUGCAGAGCUACUUCCAGAUCACGCCAGAGUAGUUAGUGAUGGUCUCUAUAGAGCUGUUGAUAUCUUCCUUAAGGUUCAUCCAAACAUAAAGGACUCAGAUCGAUACCGUCUUUGCAAGGCCAUUGAUUGUCAGAAACUGACUCAAGAAGCAUGCAGCCAUGCAGCGCAAAACGAAAGGCUGCCGGUACAAAUGGCGGUUCAAGUUCUUUACUUCGAGCAAAUCCGGCUGCGAAACGCAAUGAACGGAGGACACAACCAGAUCUUCUUCGGCGGAGGAUUCAACGGCCAGUUCCCUCAACGCUCCGGGAGCGGAGCAGGAAGCGGAGCCAUUUCUCCGCGAGACAACUACGCUUCCGUGCGAAGAGAGAACCGGGAGCUGAAGCUGGAGGUUGCGAGAAUGCGAAUGAGGCUAACUGAUUUGGAGAAAGAUCACGUUUCAAUGAAGCAGGGGCUUGUAAAGACACGCUCUGCAAGCAGGCUAUUCAAAUCAUUGUCAAGAAAACUUAGCAAAAUUAAUAUUCUAUUUAGGAUAUCUAGCAUUAAGCCAAAUGGUGCUAGUUCAGAAAGCAGAUUCCCUUUCCCUAGGAGAAGGCGUCACUCAGUUUCAUGAUUAGUAUAGUAUAAUAAUGUGUAAUAUAUAUCCCUAAAUAUAUUAAUAUACAUAAUGUAUAGUGUGUAUUAAUGCAUGGCAUGAUUGUUUCCUAUUUUUCUUGUGGAUAA